AUGACAGACAAAAGAACAAAGUUGAAGGUGUUAGUAGGAGCAAGUUUGCCAGCUCCCCACCCAGACCACGACCACCCACAGACAGCAGGUGGUUCUGAGAACCCUAGACAACAACCGGAUGGUCACUCGUCUACUGCACCGGCUGACUUUGUGGUAAUACGACGUGGGCCAAAUGGUCGUUUCACAUCUGCCCACCACGCUGAUGCUGAGGCUAUCCGUAGCAAGAAGAAGAAGAAGAAGCUGAUGACGAGAGACGGGACGACAAGAGACGAGACGUGGGUUCUUACAGAGCCGGCUCCUGGCGGGCCUGAGGAUCCUACCCUGAUCCCUAGUUUUAAGGGUCACGCAGCAUUUCGAUUGUGGAAUCAACCCGAGCUGGCCCGAGGGUUGAUCGGGUACUACUCUCAUGAUAGGGGAUUGGAUUUCCUCACACGCUACGAGUUUGCGAGCUCCGGUUCCCUGGAGUUGGUCCAGGGCACAGGGUUGUUUCACUUGCGUGAGUGCGUGACGCGCAACCUGAAUCUUCCUUUGCUUACGGCGUUUGUGGAAAGGUGGCAGCCCGACACCAACACAUUCCACAUGCCGUUUGGAGAGAUGACGAUCCUACUGCACGAUGUUUUCCACAUUCUUCGGAUUCCCGUAGAUGGAGAGUUGCUUAGCCGUGGAUGCGACUCAUUCCCUGGCUUUCUUGGACUCACAAUGGACGAUUUGGUGAGGCUUGUUGAUAUUGAUAGGGGGCAGAGUGUAACAGCUCAUGUUCACCAGCACAGAAACAAGGACUCUGAGGUGAAGCAUUAUCUGUUAUGUUUGUUGGGAUCUAUAUUAUUUAUGGACAAGACUAGAGACCGCGGCGUUCUUGAUACGAUCAACCUGUUCGUGAGAGAUCACGAGCGAGUCAAGAGGUACGCUUGGGGGGUUGGUACACUUGCUUAUUUGUAUAGGCAACUUGGCGUCGCAUCCCGAGCUAUGAGCUAUGCAGUUGGUGGUUGCUUAACACUCCUACAGGCAUGGAUUUAUGAGUACUUCCCGAGUUUGCGGCCUACUGGAUACGAGCCCCCAACAUUGAAAGAUGGGGAGGCUCUUGCUUUUAGGUGGAAGGGAGCACCUUUAGAAGGAGGGCACAGGCCAGAUGCUAAGCAGUUGCAAUACUACCGUCUGAUGUUGGACGAACUAACAGCUGAGGACGUGACGUGGCUUCCAUAUGGUCAAAAUCCCGGCCAAGUGGUUCCGUUGUCUUUGUAUCAUGGUGUGAUCCGAUUUGGCGAUGUGGGAGAGAUGUAUGAUCCCGGGAGGUGCCUUCGACAAUUUGGAUACAGACAAGUAGUUCCCAUUCACCCUAUUAAACCAGCUUACGCAUUUCGUCCUGCCUCUGGCAUGGGCUAUGACGUGCGGUUCGAUUCCGUCUUGGAUAAUUUUUGGAGCUACCGUCACCGCCACACGUUGCAAUUGGAUACCAUCUCUGCACCUGCUCAGCCUUUGUGGGAGGCCGACGAGGACUACUCAGACUGGUAUUUUAAGCAUUCCCACCCGUUCAUCGUCAAACCCCACGGUAUGGAAGAUCCUCGGGGGAAUGCAAUCGCCUAUAAGCUGUCUAUCCAGAUUAUAGAGAAUCUCCGUCCCAUGCUUACGGCCGACGAUGACACUCUGCCUCCUCAGUUCUUGGAAAUGAUUCGUCGUGCUCGUGGAUUGCUCGUCGAGUAUGACCGGCGGAAAGCACGAGGCCCACCCACUCAUAGUAGUCUUGUGUAGAUUUUCACUAGUUUUUGGGUAGUUGGUCGUUUUAAUUUAGUCCCUUUCUCAUGUCGUUUUAAUUUAGCUCUCCCGUAUAUCAUCUAUCAUGUUAGUCGCGGUAAUUGGUCUUCCAUAGUCGUUUCUUGUGUUGAUUUGUAUCAAACCAGUGCACCAUUUGCUUUUGUUACAUUUGGGGAGUAUUGAGCUAUGGGAAGUGAAAAUGCAGAGACAUAUAUAUAUUCUUUCCAAACAGAUGGUGAUUGUACAAUGAGGGUUCGUGGACCUUUGAUUGGCUGGGUGGUUGUGUAUCCAUUGAUAUAUAGUUAUAUACACGCAGGAGAUGAGUAGUUUGCCCAGUCACUUGUGUACGUGUACAUUGUGUAGUCUGCUUGAGCUUUUGCUGAGUC